GGCUAAUUCUGUGCGUUCGUGCUGCCUUGAGCUACAAAACACGCGCACCUGAUUUUCAAUCAGAUUAAUUGGACAGGUACCUGCGCGCGGGUGCACCUAGCUAAACUUCAGAAACUAGCUAGUAGGUCUCUGCAGUCCACGGUCGUCAAGAAUAAAAUGGCAGGGGUUUUAGGAAUGCGCUCCCUCACAAAAGAGCUAACGUUAGCUGAUGUUUUUGCAGAGGACUCUGAAAAUGAGCGAACAUUUUACGGCUUUUCUGACAGCGAAUUCAGCGAUAAGAAUUCAAAUUUGGAAGAUGAAGGUGAAGCCCAGCCUGACCUUUCCCCCAAGAAGCAGAAAGCCACAUCUAAACCAUCUUCUGGUGCUCAAACCUUCAGGCUGAGGGUGGCUCUCCGCUCCACUCCCUCUACCCUGCAGUCCACUGAGGAGGAGGAGGAGGAGGAAGAAAAGAGGACAAAACAGAGAGGUGUGAAGAAGGCAGGAAAGACCAGUGGGGCCGGGAGGAUGAAACAUGUUAAAUUUGAAGAUGAAGAGACAACAGCGGCUCCUUCUGAGGAGCGUGGAUCCGAUUCAGCUGAAGAUGUAUCGGAUUCUUUCCUGGCCAAGAGACAACAGAACAUCAAGGCCAACAAAGCAAUGUUGGCUCAGCUGAUGGCGGACCUGCAGAAGAUGCCAGGAGGUGCAGGUUUUCUGAAAAAACAAGCAGGCAAACAGAAGACAAAAGAGAGAAGUUCUCGUCCACCACGCUCUGGUGCAGCUGGAGGAGAGUCCAGGAAGAACCCAGAGCGGGCGUCUCGCAGACAGACCCGCUCUAUGGGGGGAGCUGAGGAUCCUUCAACACCAAAGGAGGAAGAACUGGAGCUCAGCUUGGAGGAGGAGCUACUGGAGGUACGCCGAGCCCCACAGCGCCGUGGUGCCCCACGGCCUAAUCAGAGCAAACCUCACGUUAUCCGUCCUGUGGAGGACAUCACAGAGGAUGAGCUUCAGCUGGUUGCAGACAACAUGACUGAUAAAGUCUACAACAGAGUCACUGGCUCCACAUGUCAUCAGUGCCGUCAGAAAACUGUCGACACCAAGACGUGCUGCCGCAGUGAGGACUGUCGGGGGAUUCAGGGUCAGUUCUGUGGGCCGUGCUUGAGGAACAGAUACGGAGAAGAUGUCAAGAAGGUGCUGCUUGAACCGGAGUGGAAGUGCCCUCCCUGUCGUGGCAUUUGCAACUGCAGCUUCUGCCGCCAACGUGAGGGCCGCUGCCCGACUGGCAUCCUGUUUCCCCUGGCUCAGUACCAUGGCUUCUCUGACGUCCAUUCCUACCUCAGCAGCCUCCAUAACAAACUGAAGAGUGAGGACAACAAUGUAGAGAUGUGAUUAACACUAGGGGGAGCAAUUGUUGAAACCUAUUUUCUGUCUUAAAGCUUUUGAGUCUUGUUUUAGUCCUAGUAGAACAUACUACUUGUGAUUUUACAUGAAUAAAGUAUUUUUUCAUCA